CGCAGGACGGGUGUGUGAGGAGUACGCGUCUGGCAGAAAGAUGCCGUCCCGGGUGGAGGAUUAUGAGCUACUAUACACUAUAGGCACCGGAUCUUACGGAAAGUGUCAGAAAAUUCGCAGGAAAGCGGAUGGGAAGAGGGUGGUGUGGAAAGAGAGAGAUGAAUAUUUGGUAAAUGUCACAUUCACUGAUUUUAUAAAUAGUCCCCUUUUGUAAAACCUGCUGCGGGAAUUAAGACAUCCAAAUAUUGUCCGUUACUUUGACCGCAUAAUUGAUCGGACUAACACAACCCUGUACAUUGUGAUGGAGUAUUGUGAAGGAGGGGACCUAGCCAGUCUUAUUGCCCAAUGCACUAAGGAAAGGCAGUACCUAGAAGAAGACUUCAUAUUGCAUGUAUUUGUUCAGCUUGCCUUGGCUCUAAAAGACUGUCACAGAAGGAGUGAUGGGGGUCACACUGUUCUCCAUCGAGACCUGAAACCGGCCAACAUAUUUCUAGAUGCCAAGAGGAAUGUAAAACUUGGAGACUUUGGGUUAGCACGAAUAUUGCACCAUGAUACCAGUUUUGCUAAAACAUUUGUUGGUACUCCUUACUACAUGUCGCCUGAGCAGAUGAAUAGAAUGUCUUACAAUGAGAAGUCUGAUAUAUGGUCAUUGGGCUGUCUUCUCUAUGAACUAUGUGCUCUCUCGCCACCGUUUACUGCUUAUAAUCAGAAAGAGCUGGCGGAAAAGAUCAAAAUAGGGAAGUUUAGACGGAUCCCAUAUCGCUAUUCAGAAGAGCUGAACCAAAUUAUUACACAAAUGUUGAACCUGAAGGACUAUUUGAGACCAUCCAUUGAAGAGAUUCUGCAGAGUGUUCUGUUAUCGGACGUUGUGGUGGAAGAACAAAACAGAAUAUCUGAGAGAAAAGUCAGGAAAUCUGCUGAUCCGGAGCGGGUGCAUCCUCCAGAUCCUACGCUGUCUGAUCUCCGAUUAAAGGAACAGCAAUUGUUGGCGCGGGAAAAGGCGUUGACAGAGAGAGAAGAUCGGCUUGAGCAGCGCGAAAGAGAGUUGUGUGUACGGGAGAGGCUAGCAGAAGAUAAACUCUCAAGGGCUGAAAGCUUGAUGAAGAACUUCAAUUUGCUGAAGGAGCAGCGCAUCUAUGGAGCUGCCAUGGAGAAUGGUCUAGAUCUCGGAUCUUCCAUAAGGAGUAAGAAGAAUGCCCACUUUGGCACUGAAAGUAAAGAGAACCGUAGUAGUGGGGGUAAACCGCCCCCUACUCACGAGAAGUGCAUAGAGUUAAAGCAGCGGCUGCAAGCUGCCAAUAUACGUGCCCAGGCCCUGAGUGAGCUGGAGAAGAACUAUCAGUUGAAAAGCCGGCAGAUACUUGGAAUGCGCUGAGAGAUGCUGGACCUCUGUGGAUGUUAGAUACUGUUUUUAUACUAGGGUGGUCAGCCCACGUUAUUUAUCAAAUUAAUAUAUACCUAUUCGAAUGGUAAUUCCAGUUGCGCAUACUAAUUGGUUAGUU